AUGAGCCGAACAAGAGAUGCCGAGGAUUUGGCCAAGUUUCUGCGGAAGAACCUCGACUUCGCGCCAACUGAGCAUCGCCUUCGGCACCCCCUACUAUACUCCCUCGCCGACCGACGCUGUUUCGGAAGCAUAUCGUUCCUGUCCGGCCGAGAAAGCAGGAUCGCGAAGCGCAAGACCACUGACGAGAAAGCCGUCGAGGGCCUCGUCAAAACAAUCAUGGAUGAGCUCAAGAAGGCAAAAGAAGUCCAAAGUGCGGUCGAUUUAGUCAACGGACUUGUCUUCGAGAACCACCCGCAUGCGCUCGGCGACGCAGCGGCGGAGAUCACUGCGUCAACUUCCUGCGCAGCACCUGCGCAGCACCUGUGCUCGAUGAAUACACACGAGGAAGUGGUAGACCGGAAGACAAUAUCAACAUCAAUUGACCCAGACGCGCGGUUUCAGUAUCACGCGGAGAGGCUCACCGCAGCCCCAUCACAUGCAGACCUGUCACUAAUGAUCGAAGGCUUGCUCGAGCACGGUCUAUUGACGACGGGUGAGGCGAUCGUGUUCGUGAGGCUUGACUGGCGCGAGUCCGAGACGCUUUCCUUUCAUUUGGCGGAGCCUUCUGCGGAGGUGGAAGCCCACUUCAAGCAUGCCGACCUCCGUACGGCAGUUGCUCAAUACUUGACCUUUGGUUUGAUUGCUCUCGGCGUACCAGGUGAGAGGCAUGGAUGCCGCCAUCCCCCAUAG